CUCAAGCUUUGGGCUGUGCGCAAUAUGCCCUUCAUGGAGGUAGGAGGAGUAGUGGACUUGGCCACGCCUGAGAAGGGCCUGGUUCGCUGGUCGCCCUCCUUGCCGCGCACACCGCAAGGUGCUGCGAGUGCUGUGGAGGCUGACAUCCAGGACUCUCCCAGGUUACCUUCUGACUGGUCGCCCUUGGAGUACGAGCUACUCGAGUAUGCGGAUUCGCUGCCGCCGGGCUUUGCAGAGCGUAUCGCCAGAGAGCUGGAGGGCCAGCAGCAGCGAGUGGCGCAGCUGCGGAGCUUGAACUCUCUGAUGCUCCAUGUGCUGCGCUGCGAGGCCCCUAGCCCCGCUUCAGCGCCCACGACGCCAGCAGUCAAGGCGCAGUUCCGGAAGGACCCUUCGCCCCCGAAUCCUCCUCCAAUGCCCAAAGCCUGGCAGGAUGCCUCGAUGAGGUUGGCCCACUUGCCGCCCAACUGCCGGGAGGAGGUCUCCCGGCGUUUGGUCUUGGCGUCUGCCUCCAGACAGCUCGAGAUGCAGGUCCUGGAGGUACGCCGCGCUGCCGAGCAGGAGCUCUAUGAUCUCGCCAGCCGCGCUCGUGUGGCAGAGGAGAGCAACUGGAAGCUCCGCAGAGAGCAGAACAACGAAGAUGCCGGCAGAAAGAACCUCUGGGAGGCAGAAGCAAAGCUCAAUAAGCUGCAGACUCGCGUCCAGCAGCUGGAGGCCCGGCGCCGCAACGUGCAGCGGAAAGCCUUGCAGCGCGAGGAGGAGGUGCGGCAGUUGAGCCAGACGAAUGCGCAGAUGCAGGCGGAGAUUUGCAGCUUCCGCGGCGCCGUCAAGGACUUCGAUGCUUCAGUGGGCCGCGAGCAGCAGCUCAGGGCCCAACUUCGAGAGUUACGAGAUCUUCGCAAGGUGGAGUCUCGCCAGGCGAGCCCCACCCGCGCGCUGGUGCUGGGCUCUCCCAGCCCCUUGCGCCGUGCUGGAGAGCAUCGAGGUUGAGAUGGCUGUCUUCGGGUUCAGUGCUGAGCCCCUUUUGGACAUGAAUUCGGCAUGGCAGCGUAGGCGCAUGCAUAGCAAUUCAUCCGAGCAGAGCUCUAAUUCAUGCAGGCAGUGUUGGUGCUCCAUUGUUUGGCAUGGAUCUGUUGCUUUGAAGAACUUAUGGGUGCUUGCAUUUUAUCGUUGCUUAUUUAGGACUGCUACCAGCAGCAGCACAAUUCAGUGCGUGUGCUCAUCUACCGUUGCUGUACUGCAUUUGCCCUACAUGCACGGCUUUAGCAGCGACUUGUGGCAAGUUGCGUUU